AGCGCGGAGCCGAUGGCGGAGCCGGGCAGCUGCCACCUCAGGAUAACGGAGGACAGGGCGGAGCGAAAGGGGAGUGCUUCCGGCCACCUCAGCAGGCGCCUUCCGGUGCCGCUUCACCGCCGUGGGCGUCGCGCUCAGCAGCCGUACGCACCGGAGGCCGCGCAGGGCGAGGGAAACAACCGGCAGCAGCCACAGGGCUCUAACCUCGAGGAGGAGCAGCAGCAGAACGGGGAGUGUGAGGCGCCGCUCUCCGCCGCUGCCGCCAUGCUGAACAUCUUCCGCUCCAUCCCCACGCAGAUGGACUACAAGGGCCAAAAAUUAGCAGAACAGAUUUUUCAAGGAAUCAUUCUUGUCUCUGCAGUAAUUGGUUUCAUCUAUGGAUACAUCACUGAACAGUUUGGAUGGACUGUCUACAUAGUUAUGGCUGGAUUUGCUUUAUCAUGUUUGCUAACACUGCCUCCGUGGCCUAUGUAUCGCCGCAAUCCUCUGAAGUGGCUACCUGUCCAGGAGUCAGGAACAGAAGAAAAGAAGCAAGCAGACAGAAAGCCAAAGAGACAUGCUAAAAGCUAAAAAAUGUGGUUCUUCAUGCUGUUACUUCAUUAAUUUUUUUUAAAUGCAUUUCCACUGGGGAGAUAUCUCA